GAGGAACCCCAUCCCAGGCAAUAGCUACAAUGCUUGCUUCUCUUUCCGAGGCUACUAUAGCCCAAUAUACAAAGCCUAUCAAGCUUUGGUGGAAUUUCUGCAAAGAAAAGGGCAUCAUCUGUUUCACUCCGUCAGUACCGGUCUUUUUGGAUUUUUUAUCAUCCCAGCUUUUAGGGGUAGGCUCCUACGCCACCCUAAACUCAUACCGUUCAGCUAUAUCGCUGAUUUCGACGAAUGAGGUAGGCUCUCACCCUCUCGUUAAGAGAUUCUUUCGAGGAGUUGCGGCCUUGAAACCUCAACGCCCUCGCUACGACUACGUCUGGGAUCCAGCUCCAGUUCUUAACUAUCUGGCCUCUCUAUACCCCCACGAAAGCCUUUCUCUAGAAUGUUUAUUUAAAAAGUUCAUUACACUUCUUGCUCUCACUACCGCGCAGAGGAUGCAGACGCUUGCAGCCAUCCAGAUCUCUAAUAUUCAUUUCGCAGACUCCUUAAUCAUCAAAAUCCCUUCGCGUUUAAAGACCUCGGGAAUCGGCAGAUCUCAGCCUUUGCUCUCAUUUAGGCCCUUCCAAAGUAGGCCAGAGCUCUGUAUUUUUUCUCUGUUGAAGUUUUAUCUGCAAUUCACAUCCGCCUUGCGCAGUGAAAGCUGUACAGCUCUUUUCAUUUCUCUUCGGACCCCGCAUAGGCCUGUGACAGCUCAGACAUUAGCUCGCUGGGUUAAGGAGUUGCUAGGCUCAGCCGGAAUUGAUACUAGUAUCUUUUCCGCACACUCUACUCGUCACGCUUCAACUUCCCUCGCCGCUAGUAGAGGUGUUAGUGUGGACGAGAUCAGGCGUACGGCUGGCUGGAGCAGUUCCUCGGACAUCUUUGCUCGCUUUUAUAAUCGCCCGCUUCUUAAGGGCGCUUCGUUUCAGGACACAGUCUUGAGUAGUACUUAAGGUCUUUUAAAUUUUACGGCAUAUGCAUUUUUUAUUUGUGAAACAUCUAUACUUGUACGCAAC